GGAGGUCUGACGAGGGAGCAGCAGCCAGUCCAUUCCCCAGGAAACCACGCGUCCCUCCCUCGGCGCAGGCAGCUCUUCCUACUUCACUGAGCGGUUUCUUUUGUGCGACUUUGAGAGGGGCUUGUGAAUGGUUUCUAAAUGUGCAUCUGUCUCGCCGAGGCAAGCUGCACAUGCAGAGGCAGUCGCCCAGCUGAGUGGGCACGGAGAAAGCCAACCAGGACCCCGCAGCGCUGGAAUUGGCUUGACUCUUGCAUGCAGUGUUUGGAGUCAGCAAAAACAGAAAUCAAAUUAUGAUCCUCUUCUGCUCUGGAAAGCUCUGAAGAAGAAACUCUACCGCGGCUUCCUUACUAUGAGACAUGCACGGAGUCCCCGAAGAACAAAGUGUAUCUAACGUGUGGAUGCUGGAGACGGCAUAGAGGGAGAAAAAGAAAAAAAAAAGAAGAAACCAAACCCUGACUACUAAAAUUGCCAAGGAAGGAAAUAGAGAUGUUGCCUUUCUUUCACUCCUGCUGUCAUGAUGGGAGGAACGCAGCCCCCCAAAGGACCCCCGAAGGAUACCAGCAUCAGUGUGGCAGCUGCGGAGACAAAGACGGAUGGUGAGCAGAGCAUGUAACUUACGAGUUCAACACUUCCUCUUGCUGCAAGUUCCAGCCUAGCCAUGGAUAUUCUCUGCAAAGAAAACACUUCCUUGGGAUCAAGUAUGAACUCCUUAAUGCAAUUAAAUGAUGACUUUAACUCCGGUGAAGCGAACACUUCGGACGCAUUUAACUUGACGGACUCAGAAAACCGCACCAACCUUUCCUGUGAGGGCUGCCACUCACCACCCUGCUUCUCCUUACUUCAUCUUCAGGAAAAAAACUGGUCGGCUCUGUUGACAGCUGUAGUGAUCAUUCUAACCAUUGCUGGAAAUAUACUCGUCAUCAUGGCAGUGUCCCUAGAGAAAAAGCUGCAGAACGCCACCAACUAUUUCCUGAUGUCACUUGCUAUAGCUGAUAUGCUGCUGGGUUUCCUUGUCAUGCCCGUGUCCAUGCUAACCAUCCUCUAUGGUUACCGCUGGCCGCUGCCCAGCAAGCUGUGUGCUGUCUGGAUCUACCUGGAUGUGCUCUUCUCCACGGCCUCCAUCAUGCACCUCUGUGCCAUCUCCCUGGACCGUUAUGUGGCCAUCCAGAAUCCCAUCCAUCACAGCCGAUUCAACUCCAGAACUAAGGCAUUCCUCAAAAUUAUUGCUGUGUGGACCAUCUCAGUGGGUAUAUCUAUGCCAAUACCUGUCUUUGGACUACAGGAUGAUUCCAAGGUCUUUAAAGAAGGAAGCUGCUUACUCGCUGAUGACAACUUUGUCCUGAUUGGGUCUUUUGUGUCAUUCUUCAUUCCCUUAACCAUUAUGGUGAUCACCUACUUUCUGACUAUCAAGUCUCUCCAGAAAGAAGCCACAUUGUGUGUGAGCGAUCUUGGCACACGGUCCAAGUUAUCUUCUUUCAGCUUCCUCCCUCAGAGUUCCCUGUCUUCAGAAAAGCUCUUCCAGCGGUCCAUCCACAGGGAACCAGGGUCCUAUGGCAGGAGGACUAUGCAGUCCAUCAGCAAUGAGCAGAAAGCCUGCAAGGUGCUGGGCAUCGUCUUCUUUCUGUUCGUGGUGAUGUGGUGCCCCUUCUUCAUCACCAACAUCAUGGCUGUCAUCUGCAAAGAGUCCUGCAAUGAGGAUGUCAUCGGGGCCCUGCUCAAUGUGUUCGUCUGGAUCGGUUACCUCUCUUCUGCUGUCAACCCACUAGUGUACACACUAUUCAACAAAACCUAUAGGUCUGCUUUCUCAAGAUAUAUUCAGUGUCAGUACAAGGAGAAUAAAAAACCACUGCAGUUAAUUUUAGUAAACACUAUACCAGCCUUGGCCUACAAGUCUGGUAGUCAACUCCAAACAGGACAAGAAAAGAAUUCAAACAAGGACACCAAAUCAACAGAUAAUGACUGCUCUAUGGUUACUCUAGGAAAACAACCUUCAGAAGAUGUUCCAGAGGACAGUAGCAACAUAGUGAAUGAAAAGGUUAGCUGUGUGUGAUACCCAGUGCCAUGGCAACCAGAAAGUACACACUGAGCAAGGUUUCAUUUAUCUGGAGGGCAGAAAAAGAAAGAAAAGGAGACAAAUUAGGCGAGUAUAGUGGAGCCCAUAAUGAUAACUAUAUGCCUCAUUUUCUUCCGUCAAUGUAAGGCAGGGUUAAAUGCCACAAGAUGUGCACUUCAAAACAUUCUGACAGCAUUUCAGCUGUGAGCUUUAUGAUAUUUAAUUUUAAUAUUGUAAAUGGUAUGACUUUAAAAUAAUUAGCUUUUACUGUGCAGUUAUAAUGAGGUCAUAAAUAAAUCUAAAGUAAUAUAUACAUACAUAUUUUCAAGUGGAAACCUUGCUACUGUGUAUGGCACGAGUUGGUUACUGCUGUAAAUAAAAAUAGCUUCUAAUAAUGACAAAUUUGUUAGCUAUAUUGUCUUCUUAAGAUUUCUCUUGAAAAUUAUUACAUAUUUUGAACAACAAUAAAAGAUACUAAAAAAAGUGUUAUGAAUACUGCAUUGCUAGGUAAUGAAAUGAAACUUGACAACUUUUUCAUUCCUGCUUUUUCAUCGAUGCAAUUUUGAAAUAUUCACCAAGUUGCUGGCAUUUGCUUCAUUUCAAGUGAAUUCUUCUCAGAAGUAAACAAACUUUAAAAGUAAACUUUAAAUGUUAUUUAAGACCUAUUGCUACUUUCUCUUCUACUAGUGCUAUAUUCUCAAUUUCUAAUGUGGUCUUGUUUAGUGUGUGUUCUACUAUGUAAAUUAUCAAAAAGGUAAUUUAAUAUUAACAAUGCAUUUCUAAAAAUUUCUUCUACACAGCACUGUAGAAGUAUUUGGUAGCUUGCUCUCUGGCGACUGCAUUGUGCAUGUGCUCUUUUGAGCCAGUAAGCAGUAUUGAUGUGUGUCAGGAUUGAGGAACUAGCUGGGGUUUCUGGCUGCUGGCAGCAGUAGUCAGUACAUCUCUGUCAAGUGCGGAUGACUUUCCCCUUAGCACCCGUCAGAUAAACAGAUGCUUUUAGAUAAAUUUAUUUUAUUUACUUAAACUUGACACAGCUUUGUUUCAUAGUUAUUUCUUGAGUGUUUACUAUCUCUGAAUAAAUUUUCUAAGGAAGAGAAUAUAAAAAUCAAAACAAAACAUUCAUUUGCCUAAUAUGUUUACAUGGUGCCAGGGAUCAAACCCAGAGCUUCACACAUGUAAAACAUGUACUUUAACACUGAGCCACAACCCUGGCUCCAAGACCUUCCCUUUAAAGUAAAAGACAAAACUAAAAUGGCCCUUGUCAAAAAUCAUUGACAGACUUAUUUUGAAAGUCAGUUCAAUUUAUUUCCUCCAUACCUGAUUAGAGCAAAAUUUUUGAUCUAUGUCUCUAUAACACAACUCAUUUAUUAUUGUUCCUGAAGUCCCAAUAUACAAUAUUUUAUAGAAAAUUUUACAACAGAGCGAGCUAAUUCAUUCUGAUCUACUACUCUAGGUUAAUUUGCACAUUCUUAUUGGAAUAGAUGUGAGAUACAUGAAUACCACACUGGAACAUCUCUGUCAAAUGAAAAAUGAUUUUUCCCUAGGCCUUUUGGAAAAUUAUACAUUUGAAAACUAAAUAAUGUGGGAAGUGUCACUGUAUAAUCUGCAAAUGCACUAGAUUUCUCCUAGUUAUGUCCUUUUUAUACACAGUGAAAGGUAUUUAUUUCAAUUCUAAAAUUAUAGUAAGCCAUUAGUGGUAAAGCUGAAUCUGACCUCCACACCUCUCUUAUGUUCAUGUCAUAAUUGAUAAAAUAUUAAUAUUAAAAACUGUUAUAACAUUCAUCAUAACUGCACAUCUCAUUAUAUAUUAGAAAAAAGCUAGACUCUGGUCCCAUAGUCUCCUCAAUCUUGACCAGAAUGAACAAAUACUGCCUGAUAGAUGUUUCCUGACUACAUAUAUAUUACAGAUGUGUGGGUUUUUUCUCUCCAUUAGUAUCUAUUUAAGUGUAUAUAAACAAACUCCUCUGUAUUCAUAUACAGAUGUGUUUCCAUGCACUUUAUUAUUUAUAUAUUUAUAUGAAGAAAACGCAAGAAAAAACGUGCAUGUUUGUAUCAUGUAAUUUAAAUGUGAAUUUCUGUGCUAAUGUUUCUAUGACCUUCCAUUGCUGUACAAGCAGAUUUAAAUGUAACAGAGGUAUCAAUUCUUUAAAUAAACUGGAACUUUUUAAGGAUUUUUAGCCCAAUUCUAUGAGGGCAAUGAAAAAUAAUAAUCCUUACAUAGAUCAGACUGAUAUGAAAUAAAAUGGUGCCUAUGGGCCCUUUAUUUAAGUCUGGGGAUUUUCUGACUAGUCUGGCUUUUAAAAACCAAUCUUUCCCCAGUGAAACAGAGUUCUUGAAUGAUUUUUGAGUCUGUGAUCAAAAGACUUGCUCUUAGACAAUGCUAUUAAAACAGAGAAACCUUAUUCUACUUUAUGUUGGAUGGUAGAUUCUUCUAUAUUUAAAGAAAGGAACUAAAUGUCAUAAUGAUGGACAUUAUGUUUAAAUAUAUAUAUUUAAUAUAUUUGGCCACAGCGCCAUCUCAUGGUCACUUUUUAAAGUACUACCUAGCCAAAUUCAACUUACUGUAUUGCUUUUGGCAAAGGGUGCUUCUCCCAUUUGUGCAUCAACUGAUACAUAUUUAUAAAGUGUUAAAUUAUUCUGUGCUCUAUGUAAUAAAUACAGUGAAGAUUAUUUUAUGUAAUUGUUUUAAUUAAAUCUACUCUAAAAUAUUUCAGGAAAGAAUGAGUAAAUUGUAAAUAAAGUAUACUCAAAAAUGAA